GUCCUUAUCGCGCUUCUCACUACACUGGUGGCAGUGGUGGGAUUUGCCAAGGAAGUUAUAGGGAAAUAAAUUAUUCACAGAUAAGUCGCUAAGGGUCGGGCUUCGCCGAGCCAAAGAGUGUGUCUACUCAUAUAAUCAUGACCACGGCAUGUUCAGAACAUAAUAUAUCAAAACGGAAAGUUCUGCUUUACAAUAGAAAGCCGCCAGGAGGACCAGAAUCGAACUUGACCUUCGUUUUGCCGACGCCUACCCACACAAGAACGUUGGAUAUAACAGUUAGGCGCCUAACAUGAAUCCCCAUGCCACCGAAUCGGCGUGGAGAUUACAGACCAUUACACAUACAAACACAGCCACCCACGUGUACAAACGGAACCGAAGACAUAACCAUCAGAUCUUGGCGAAGGUAAACAUGCAAUCGAAAAGCCCGCCUUGCGGCCUGCUAUGAAGGAUUUACCGCCUCCUAGAAACCGGAUACUACCCUCUGCUGACCCCUGGCCGGUGAGGACACUCCUCAGACAACAUGGGUUUUGAGACGUUUCUUGUCUUCACCGCAGUGUCUUCGUGUAUCAGCUGGAUGUCUAUCUUCACCUUCAGUCCCGUUCUCUUCACCUGGCUGUCCUCGAUCUACAGAAGUCUCCCCGAGGACAGGCAACGGCUAGUGGACAACCAUUUCAAGACUGUAGUUCAUGGAACGUUCGUCGCAGCGCUUGCCUGGUACGCCUACACUUGCACCGAGAUUCCGCCAGGGGGCGUAUGGCUCGAUGCACCACUCGUGAGGUUCGAGUCUGCGGUUUAUUUUGGCUACUUAAUCUCAGACUUGAUUCAAACAGCGAUGUACCCGCACGUCAGCAAUAUAGAGUUCGUCUCACACCACGUGAUGUCACUAUACUCGUCCUACAUCGCAGCGAGCUAUCCCGCCAUGCCCUACUACGCCAACGUCUGCUACAUGAUGCAGCUCAGUAACCCCAGUGCGUUUUUCAGGGUCAUCCUAGAAGAGUUGGGGUACAAAGGUUCACAGUAUUACACAUGGAACGGAGUCACCUUGAUAGUGACGUGUUUCAUCUCCCGCAUACUUGUCACCGGCAUCGCGACCGUCAACUUGGCCAAGAUCAUGAUUUUUCAAGACACCUUCAGUCGGCUGCCGCUUCACGUUUCCUUAUGUUACAUCUUCGGUUCACUUUUGUUUAACAUCAUGAACUACUACUGGUUCGGUUUGAUAUGCAAAGGAGCCAUAGACUAUUUCUGGGGAAAGGAAACCAAGCAGAUGCUGUAGAGUCUAAAAUAAC